UUCGUGCGUAAAUAAACAACUUUUGUGGGUGUGAUUGCAAAAUAGUUGUACAAAUUUCCACCGUAAAGUUUGUUUCGCGAUGGCCACCGUCAACCCGCUGGACGUGGACACAACCGACGAGGUCCACAACCAGCAGCGCAAGCACGAACCGAUCGACGCCUUCUGCCGGCUGUGCCUGUGCGAACCGGAAACGUUGAUUCCGCUGCGGUCGCUCAUCGGGGACGUUUCGCUUCCGGCCAUGUUCCACGCCCUGACCGGGGUGCAGAUCGACUUUGACGACCCGUACCCGAAGCGGGUGUGCUCGGUUUGCCUGGAGAAGCUGGAGUCGGCGUACGGGAUACGGAAGGAGUUUCUGGAGAAUGUGGCCACGCUGGAGAGUUACUUUUUGGGCGGCGGGUCGUCGGUGGUUAAGGAGGAGGCUUUUGAGGGGGAGAUUGUCGUUAAGGAGGAGGGCGAUGAGUUGACUUCGUCUAAGAUGGAAGUGCUGCUUGGGGAGGAUGAAUCUUCUGGGGAGGGAUGCUUUCCGGAGUACGUAGAGGUGGCGGAAUCGGUGCAACGGGAAAGAUUGAAACCGGGUCCGAGAAAGGGUGUUCCAAGAAGGAGACUUAAAAUAGUCGGGGAACGUUCGGUGAUGGACCCACUCAAGUGUUACAUCUGCGAGGCGCAGUUUGUGGAUGGGCGCGAGUUGAACAUCCACCUGCCACAGCACUCGGACAUGCUGCCGUACACGUGUGUACCCUGCGAAACUGGGGGUGGCCAAAGGAAGAAAAUCAUCACGGUUGUGAUGCUACACCGGCACUUCCAGAUGCACGCGGGAACCAUCGAGUGUCCGCAUUGUCCGAUUCGGGUGUACAACGAAGAUCGACUGCACGCCCACCUUAAGCGGUACCACGCGGAAUAUGCGCGGGCCGAGUUUACGUGUGAAAAGUGCGGCUAUCAACUGAACAGCAAAGAAUCGUAUCAAUCGCACAUGGUUCGGCACGACGCCCUCGAGGAAGGUCGCUACACGUGUCUGAUUUGCGACAAAAAGUUCGGCAACAGCUCGAGGCUGAAGCGCCACACGUUAACCCACGAGGACAACAAAGAAUUCCAGUGCCAGUACUGUUCCAAGUCCAUCAGCAGCAAAACCCUGCUUCUAACCCACGAGCGCGAGCACGUCGUCGCCGGCGACCUCAAACAGUACGCGUGUGCGUUCUGCGACCAACGAUUCGCCAACCGAAGCGCCCAAGUUAAGCACGUGUCCGUAGAACACCCGGAAUCGGUCGAUCGACGUCACACCGUACGCAGAAACACGCACGAACCGUGGCAAGGAGUUGGCUACCAACGCACGCGCGAAGACAUGAGCUGCCCGUACGAGGGUUGCGAGUUCGUCGCCAAAUGCUACCAAUCGUUCUACAACCACAAAAAUCUGCACGAAAACCGCUUCAAGUGCGCGGUGUGCGAAAAGUUCUUCGCGAACCGGCAGCAGCUCAACAUCCACAAGAAUACGCACCUGGAAAAGCGGGAACGACCGUACGCGUGCUCCGAGUGUGACAAACGGUACACGUCGCAGGCUCGCCUAACGGACCACGUACGCGUCCACACCGGCGUACGACCAUAUUUGUGUACCGAGUGCGGAGAAUCGUUCUCGACCUCGCAGCGGUUGGCGCAUCACGUGUUGAAGCAUUCGCCGCCCCAGCAUAAAUGUGAAAUCUGCAGAAAGGAGUUCCGCUACAAGGGAGACUACGUCCGGCACGUCAAGAAGCAUGAGGAGGAGGGAGUUGUUUCUGAAACCGUGUUGUAAAGUGGUUUGUUCUACUUACGAUCAAUAAAGCUUUAAUUUG